AUGUUGGACAUCAAAACAUCGGAUUACCUGAGCAGAAAUGGGACGUUUCCCAACUUAUCAAUGAUUUUUGCCGAUACUCAUUAUAAAGGAUCAUGGAGUACACAUUCAUCAGGGCAAACACAAGAUCCAUAUCAAAUGUUUGGAGCCACCAGCAGUCGAUUAGCUAGCUCUGGUUCUGGUCAAAUUCAACUGUGGCAAUUUCUGUUGGAAUUGUUGUCUGAUAGCAGUAAUGCAGCAUGUAUCACAUGGGAAGGUACGAACGGUGAAUUUAAGUUAACCGACCCUGACGAAGUAGCACGUAGAUGGGGUGAAAGGAAAUCCAAGCCAAACAUGAACUACGACAAAUUAAGCAGAGCAUUAAGGUAUUAUUACGACAAAAAUAUAAUGACGAAAGUUCAUGGAAAAAGGUAUGCGUACAAGUUUGACUUUCAAGGGUUAGCAGCAGCUACUCAACCAGCUGCUGCAGAUCCGUCUGCAUACAAAUAUCAAUCAGAUUUGUUCAUGACAACCUAUCACCACCAUCACCACCAUUCUCCGAAAUUAAACUUCAUGUCACCUCAUGCACCUGGAAUAACAUCUACAGCAGGUAGCAUAUUUCCAUCGGCGUCGUCGUACUGGACCAACCCGGGUGCCAACCUCUACUCGAACAUCGCCGCUGCUUCCGCGUCGCACUCGAUGGGCCACCAUCAUCACCACCCUGGAGCAAGCACCGGCGUCAGCCACCACACGGGAGUUUCACCGCACCUGGCCAACUACUCGCAUUACGCGUCACCAUGA